AUGGCAAUGUUGACGAUGCAGACGGGUGGGCUGAUGCUGGCCGUGCUGGGCUGGCUGGGCUCCAUCCUCACUUGUGUGCUGCCCAUGUGGAAGGUGACAGCCUUCAUCGGCUCCAACAUCGUGGUGGCCCAGGUCUUCUGGGAAGGGCUGUGGAUGAGCUGCGUGUACGAAAGCACGGGGCAGAUGCAGUGCAAGCCCUACGACUCGCUGCUGGAGCUCACCUUCGACCUGCAAGCGGCUCGUGCCUUGGUGGUCACCUCCAUCUUCACGGCCUUCUUCGCCUGCCUCAUUGCCAUGUCGGGUGCGGACUUCACGGGCUGUGUGGAGCGCAAAAGCACCAAGCGCAGGAUCUCCACCAUGUCCGGUGCCAUCUUCAUCCUGGCCAGCAUCAUGCUGCUCAUCCCUGUCUCCUGGUCUGCUCACAGCAUCGUCAGCAACUUCUAUAACCCCAUGGUGCCCGAGGCCCUCAAGAGAGAGCUGGGGGCUGCCCUCUACAUCGGCUGGGCCUCCAGCAUCCUCCAGCUUUUUGGUGGGGGUAUCCUGUGCUGCUCGGGACCCCCGUCCCGGCAGGAUUCCUACGCCAAUAAGUACAGAGCGGUGAAAACCUCCAGCCCGACAGGCUACACCAUGAGAGACUAUGUGUGA